UGCAAAUCUUCGCUGUUUUUAGAACAAACUUGACAACUUGAGCUCUACCAACAGGCUCGUCAGUUUCCGUUUUUUCGAUUUUCGUUGCGCUGAUCGUUUUCGCAGUUUGACUGCAGAUUAGCACUUUAAAAUUUGUAAAUUGUAAUCUUUGUUUUUUUCCUUAAGCUGAUCAUGUUGAUUGCGAGUUUAUAACCUGAAGUGCGUCGUGCGGAUAAUCUGUCAGCAUGUCGUCGCUGAAACGUCCUCUUUCCAAACGCGAGCAGGAGGAUCUGAAGAAGAAGGAUGACCUUAAGCGUUCAGCGGAGGUUUUCUCCGAGUUCGUGCAGGCUUUUGAGAAGACAACCGAUCCGACGAAAAAUUUCACCACAUUUGUACGCGGAGGCGUUGUACUUCCCGGUAAAGGCGAAGAAAGUCAUGCGGGCAGUGCCUCAGAUAAAAUCUACAAUCUCAAACCCAAAACAUCGCGUCAUCGUUCGCGUUCUCGUUCGCGCAGUCGUGAGCGUUCCCCACCCAGCCAUCACCAUCACACACCCGCUUCGUCCUCCUCCUCCAAAGCCGCCGCCUUACUGAAAAAAGGCAAAGACAAGAAGAAAUCCAAUUUGGAGAUCUUCAAAGAGGAGCUGAAGCAGAUCCAGCAGGAGCGCGAAGAACGCAAACGCCUCAAGGAUCAGAUCGCCAAGAUCGAAUCGAAGCUCGGCACCACCGUCUCCCUGCCGCCGUCGCAGCAUGCCGCCUUCCUGGAUGAUGAUCUGCGGGUGUUCGACGGGACGUACGAUCUGAGCGGGGACUCCAGUUCCACCAAUCUGUACAUGGGGAAUAUCGCGCCUAAUAUCACGGAGGAGCAGUUGUGUGAUAUUUUCGGACGCUACGGACCGAUUGCCAGUGUGAAGAUUAUGUAUCCCCGCGGGGAGGAUCGGGAAGAAGUACGAGCAGGCCGCUCCACGUUGUGUGGCUUCGUGGCGUUCAUGUGCCGCGUGGACGCUGAACGGGCUCUGAUGUAUCUCCGGGGAAAGGACGUGAUGGGAUUUGAAAUGCGAUUAGGCUGGGGUAAAGCCGUCAAUAUUCCCACGUUUCCCAUUUAUGUUCCCCCGGGACUGGCUGAACUACUGGAGCCGCCGCCGCAUUCAGGUCUUCCGUUUAAUGCCCAGCCCACACCGGAAGACGACGCCCGUCUGCCCCUGGACGAGGACGGGCCACCCUUACCCCCCGCCGAACUAGAAGAGAUCCUAUCGCGCAGCACCGUCAAAGUAUGGCAGCCGCAGGACCGCAGCCUGCUGGGCAUCAUCCACCGCGUCAUCGAGUUCAUCGUCCGCGAAGGGCCCAUCUUCGAGGCCAUGCUGAUGCAGCGGGAGAAGGGCAACCCCAUGUACCGCUUCCUCUUCGACAACCGCUGCAACGAGCACGUGUACUAUCGCUGGAAGCUCUUCUCCAUCCUGCAAGGCGACACGCCGACGCAGUGGCGGACGAAGGAGUUUCGCAUGUUCGAGGGCGGCCCCAUGUGGAUGCCGCCGCCGUUGAACCCGUACACGGCCGGGAUGCCGGAGCAUCUCGUGCGGCAUGAGGGCGAGGAGCGGUAUGUCAAGGAGAACGAGGGACGACGGAAGAAGCCCGUGGUGGAGGAGGCUGUGCCGGUGAAGACGGGCAUGAGUGACGAGGAGCAGACGUUGUUGGAUAAGAUUCUGGAUGGAUUGGAGCCAUCGCGGGAUAGCAUCGCCGACGCCAUGGUGUUCUGUAUUGACCACGCCGAGCACGCGGAGACGGUGAUCGGGAAAAUCCGAAAUUCUCUCGGGCAUCCUGAUGACCUGCCCAUGAAGAAGGUGGCCAAGUUGUUUCUGAUAUCCGACAUCCUCCACAACUGCAGCAGUGUCCACGUGCAGAACGCCUGGUACUAUAGGAAUGGAUUUGAACACAAAUUUCCUUACAUCUUUACGCAAUUGAAGAAGUCCCAUAGAAGCAUUGAAGGACGCCUGAAAGCCGAGCAGUAUAAGCAACGCGUGAUGAACUGCUUCCGCGCAUGGGAAGACUGGGCGCUGUAUCCGCCCAAAUAUCUGAUCAAACUGCAGAACGUCUUCCUGGGUCUGGAGCCCGGUGAUGGGUCGGAUGUGGAGGAGGGCAGCGGCAUCGACGGCAAGCCACUGCCGCCGGAACCCGUCAAUCUGACCGCCGUACCGCCGCCCAGUCUGGUGCCCAGCUACAUGGAUGCCGAUGUGGACGGUGUGCCCAUUGAUGAAGAUGUCGACGGAGCGCCGUUGGAAGAGCCGGCAGCCGCCGACACCAAGCCGGCCCCGGUGGCUUUCGCCCCGUCGAGAUGGGAGACUGUGGAUCCCGAGCAAGUGAAAGCCCAGGCCAUCACGACGAGCAAAUGGGAUCUUGUGGAAGGAGCCGAUGGUGCACCGAAGGAAUCCGAAUCAUCUAAAGCCAUUCAGGCGAAGAAACUGGACGACGAAGUCAGAGAAAAACUGCGAGAAAUUGAGAUGCGCGUGAUGACCUACCAGGACGAGCUGGAGAGCGGCAAAAGGAAACGCACCGCUGGCGAGUCGAUGAGCAGCCAGGUGGAGAAGUACCGCAAAUCCCUGAUGAGCAGCGCCUCCACCGGGAAGGACACCGGCAGCAGCAGCAGUCGGCACCGCGAGAAACGCACCUCCCGCUCGCCACCGCGCAGCAAACGCUCCCGCUCGCGAUCCCCGCCUCCCGGUUCGUCGAGAACGCGCGAACCCGACCGCAAGCAUGGCAGCGCCACCGCGACGAGCACUUCCAACCGGGAUCGGAGGGAUUCGCGGGGCGCCGAGCGACGGAGUCGGUCCCGAGACCGCGAUCGUCGACAUCGCUGAGAGUGUGAAUGGUGGAUGGAGGGAGAUUGUUUUCUUGGGGGUUAGGACGAUGUUUUCAAUUUGUAUGGAUUUUUUUGGGUUUCUAUGUUCUUGCUGUGUGUUGAUUGGGAGUUUUCCAUGUUCUGGAUUUGUUGUGUGCCGCAAUUUGCUGAAUGUUUUCAUGUUAAUGCAGUCGUAACCGUUUAUUGUCAUUUAGUUUGAUCAGUCUGGUGGGAAUUUACCAACUCGAAGUACUGUUGUUUUGGUCAUGUAAAAACACCGGAAGUCUG